AUGACAACCUUCAACUCCACUUUGUCUGUGCCUCGCAGCCACGAGCGACGACUGCCAAGUAGUACCGAUGGUCGUUUCGUGAUCCUGGAUGAAAAGAAUCGCGAUUCGGAUGGCUUUGAUGAGACGUCGAGUUCGGACAACGACUCGAACGACAACUUUCAGUUCUCCAAAAGUAGGUUUUGUGGCUGGGAAGGUGGUAAUGGUUUGGAAAGUAACCUUGGGGAGGAAACUGUCAUUUUAAGGGGUUAAAGUUCAGGAUUUGGUCAAAGUUGUAGGUAAUAGUAUUGUUGUUUAUGAGGAUAAUAAAAGACUUGGUAUUUCUUUGAUGAUAGCACAGUUAACAUAUUUUACAAUUAGUUUUGUGUAUCGAAAUACAUGAAAAAGGUCAAAAAAUUGAAAAAAAAUAUUUUAGGUAACUAAACUUGGCCUAAAAGCCUAAAGAAUUAGCUUUUACACGCAGUUUUUUCUUUUCUUGGUAUUUUCUCUUUACUUUUUGACCGAUUUUUUAUAUCACUAUAUUUUAGUUUAAAUCUAACCUUUUUAAACUUUUAAAUUUAAAAAAAUUCGAAAAAUGUGGUGACUCUACUACCAACCCUCAAACUUGUAAUACGCUACUGAUAACAACAACUGUUACUUGUUAUUUGUUCCACCUUCACUUUACAAUUACUUUUUGUUUUUGUUCGAAAUGAUCUUGCUAAAACCGAUGACGUCAUUCAGUUAUUAAUUGCUAUAUCAACUUGACUUUGUGUUCUUAAACUGUCAAAGGUAGUCUAGGGUUGUUAUGGCAGGUCAGUUUGGGAACUUAAUUAGAAUCGAGGUUACUGUAAGAAAAUUCGUGGUUUUGAACACUUUUCUGGAUUACUGUAACAAAAAGUAAACUUAUGAAUGAGUUUAAGGGUUACUGUAACAAAAUUGUCGUUUUGACCACUUUUCUGGGUCACUGUAACAAAAGUAAAAUUUUGAAUCACUUUAAAGGGUUACUGUAGUAAAAGGUGUUAUCGUGGUCAAGAAGUGAAUAAAAAAUAAAAAGUAUUGUCAAAUUGAACCACAGUAAGCAUUUCAACAGAUUUUUUAAAAUUAAAAAAUAAGUUUAAAUUCCUAAAAUUAAAAUUUAAAAAAAUUGACCGAAUAUUUCUGGACUUUGAGCCGUUUAAAGCCCUGAGGACAUAAAGCCGGAGGGAGAGGGACGAGAGUGAGUGAUAAAAGAGUUUGUAAACAGAUCCGACUGAUCCUCUUUUUCCAGGUUGUUAUAUCAGUAAAUGUUCCUCGCCCAACAUUCCCCACCUCAACUACAGCAUCAGCCAGCCCAGUCGAAUGACCACUGCACAUUCCACCAGCCGGUUUAAGGUCGGUUUUGUAUUUUUUUACAUGUUAUGUUAUCUUACUAGGUAUAUGUACGUGUAAGGGUUUUGUUUUUGGUCUAAAAGUGGCUAGAAAAGGCAAAAAAAUGAUAAGGGUUAAUCAAAAUAAGGUCGGUUUUACAUUUUUUCUUGUAAAAAUAGGUAUAAUACAAUUAUUUUAAAUUUUUUUUGAAUUCUUUUGUGUAGUUUAUAGCUUUGACAUUUGCUGUCGACAUGUCUAAACUAGUUUUAUUCGAAAGUCCUUUGAGUUUCGAGCAAAAGAAUCAAGAACAACAUCUUGAGUUCAAAGGUUUUCCCAGAAAAAAGAUAAAAUGUUAUAGCUGUUAUCAAAAAAGAUUACAAAUUAAUGUUCGUUUUGCCUGAGGACUCAAAUUGGUUUAGCAUUACGUCAACAGAAAUUAUCAGUAAAAACAAAGCAGCAUAACGGCUGUUGCUUUAUAAAGAAUAGUGUAAAAGAUAUGGCUAUGUCAUUUUGUGGUAUUUAAUUUACUCUAUAAAGAAUAGUAAAAAAUAUGACAUUUUGAGGCAUAGGGACAGAAAUUGACGUAUGACAAGAUAAAAGUGAAGAAUACGGCAUUAUCUUAAAAUUUGUUUUCAAAUAUGGUAGGGUAGGGCAUAGGAUCACGUCGGCAGGGAAUUUCAAUGUACUUUUUUACAGUAGUAAAUGUAAUACUCAAAUGUUUAUUACCUUGCUUUCUAUUACAUAAUAUAAGGCAGGGCAUACUUAUGGUUAGUUUCCAAACUUAAGUUUGUAUUUAUAAACUGUAACUUAAUUUGUAGACAAAAGCACCUGACUUUUUCAUUAUAUUACUUUAGUCACAUCUAUGUAAAUUCACCUAAUUGUGUUACUCAAAGUGUGUUCUAAAGCUUACAAAAAGACCUCAAACCUUUCGAAAAAAAAAUUUUUUCUAUUAAAUUUUUAAUUACUUUGCUUUUACUUGCAUAAAAAGACUACUACUUGAGCGAGAGUUUUGGUGUAGACGGAAGAAAAUGUUGUUGUGCUGGUGUGCAGGGCCGGGCGCGAGGGGGGGGACGGGGGUACCCCCCAGAAAAAAAUUUUUGAAAAAUGUUGAACGUGGUCUCCCCUGUGGAUUUUCGGAAAAAAAAUUUGCAAAAAAUCGGCACAGGUACCUGUGCCGAUUUUUUGGACCCCUGCCCCCAGACUAAAAGUCCCCGCCCGGCCCUGCUGGUGUGUCUUCUUAUAUAUAUUUUUAUCAUUAUAUUAAGAUAUCUUGUUAUAUAUCUUUUUACUGCGUGACUUUUAGAAAUAUAAUACUAGACAAGACUUAGUUGUUCUUUAUGAUACUGAGUAAAUUAUAUUUAUCAUUAAAUGGAUCUUUUGAUACCUAAAAAUAUAGAAAACAAUGUGUGUAAUAGACGUACUAAAUAGUAUUUUGAGUAUUACUAUUAGAUAAUACUGCUAUAGCUGUCUCAAAACAAACUCGGCUUAUUUUAUUUGAAUAGGUAAUCAAAGAGGUGAUGUAUAUCUAUUUUUACAGAGUUGUAUAUGUCUUUUACUCUGUCACUUUAUUUUUUAAUGAAUAUGCUAGCAUCUACAGACGUAUGUUUGUAUCUUUAUAGCUUGAGUGAGGCUAAUUGAGCAUAAAAUGUAAAGUAUAUAUGCUCGUUACUGGGAACAUGAUACAAGUCGAAGUAAUUCCGACUUUACUGCUAGGGUAAUUAAUGAUAAACUUGUUUGUUUUACUGAGUUACGUGACAUUAUGUACUAUAUAGACAGAGUUUGGUCGUUUUUAAGCUGUUAUAUUAAUUUAUGUAAAGGUUGUAAUUUAUAAGAUGUUUGAGUACUUUUUGCUAUGGUUAUGUCGCUAAACUACUUCCGUUUGUUAAAAAUAUCUGCGCUUUAACAAGAUAUACAUUUAUAUAUUAAAUAACAUACAAACUUACAUUUUAAAGCUUACUAUAACAGUAUGUCUACAUUAUAACUCUUACCAUAAGAAUAUGUACACGAUACUAAGCCUACUGCGACGCUGCCUGUGUAGUAACAAAGUUAGUGUUUGUUUACGGCCGCUAAUUAAUUGCUUUAGAUCGUGCCUAUCGAAUCCAAAUACAAACGCGGCCGAUGGGAAGCCUUCGACUACUACGACCCCAAGGAGCCCAAACGUCCCAUUCUCUCCGAGAACAACAGAGGUAACGUUCCUAACUUUAAUUUUUAAUUUGAAACACAUUUCAAAGGUUUUACUUUGGACUUAGAAACUUGGUUUUUCGUAUUUUAUAAUUGAAAGAGCUUGAAAAGCUAGAGGUGAGAAACGGAUAAUGAACGACCGGCCCGAUCGACCAGGGCCGUCUUACUAUCAGGCCUGGCCGAGCUAAAUUUGAAACGGUUAAAUUUUUUUAAACGGGCUGAGCUAGGCCGGGCUUAGAUUUUUUUAACCGGGUUAAACCGGCUUGGAAGAGAGCGGGCUGAGCAAACUUUGCUUAGGCUGGGCUUUAAAAAUGGGAUUGGCAGAGUUUUAGAAAAGGGGGUCAUUUUUUAAAAGUGGGGCUGGCUUGUUUCUCACCCUAUUAAAAGCAAAUAGAAAUUCAAAUUGAUUUUUAAAAUUCAAAAGUUUGAUCAAUAAGUUUUUGAAUUGAAAUAAGAGGAAUCGGAAGUUGUGGUCAGUUCUUGAACUCUCAGCUAAUCAAAUCAAGUUUUGGAAAAGUGAAAAGUAUUUGAAAUUGUAACAGAAUCAAGCAUCAACAAUAGUUGAUUUCAGCUCAAACUUGCUACCUAUUUUUAUGUAGAUCGUACUGUUUAGCACCUUCUCAAUUUAAGCGUUUUAACCUUUAGUUGUAUCAUCCAAAAUGUUAUGUUGUUUUGAGGUUUAAAGCUUUAUUUGAGCUGUAUACUUUUCUGUUUGCUCUAUAUUAUAGUUGUUUAGCCAUUUUUAGUAAAACAUUGAUUAAAAGAGGCUGCUUUUGAACUUCUUUUACUUUUAAAGGCCCGUAAAAUUUAAGACGAAAUAACUUAUGGCACAUUUACUACAUGUAAAAGGUCAAAAUAUGGCUGUUAAGUUUUUAAAAAUCUUAUUUUUUAUAUUGUAGUAGACAUUGUUUGUGUAUUUUUGUUAUUCUGCUGCUCACCGCUUAUCUUGUAUUGUUUAUAAACUUUCAGAGCCGGGCUGGACCUCUAAUUUCUCUUUGGAAUUGGGCUUUGUGGCCAACAAAAAGCCUCAUCAGCCAAUGUCGCAGACAGUCCAGAGAGCGCCGUUGGCUACGCCCGAGCCAAUGAGUAGUCGAUCGUUGGCGUCGGAGCCUGAGGAUGGGGAUCAGGAGAACAACUUGCCUUUUAGGGUAAGUUUUGUGUUACUGUAUUUUAAUUUUAAGUAUAUUAUUUUACAUAUACCUACGAUAUUAUAGUAGGUAUCUUGAUGGCUAAUAUACAGUAAAUCCUAAAAAAGUUUAUAAAUGACAUUUCUUUUAUCAAUUAAAGUUGUAAAACCAGUUAUUUUACUGUCUCAGCAACAUUACAACUACAUAAAUUAGGAAAAAGUAGUCGUUUGUGAAAUAGCUCACCAUGGUAAGUAAUAACAUGUUCAAGAAUCAGGUUGCGUAACAUUACUACACUAUUAUUACAAUAACUGUUUACCAGAUAUGAUUUACAGAGUAAACAGUCAUAUGACUGUACUUUUGGAAAUUUGUGUUUGAAAAUUGUUUGCAACUUAUGUUUUGAACACUUGGAACUUGGUUACAUUGUAGUAAUUAUUGUAUAUCUUGACAGCGGUUUUCGAAAUAUAGUAUAAAGUUAGUUUUAGAAAUAUUAAAAUUGCUGUAGAAAUACAUUACAAGUUCAUUUUUAGUGUGUUGGCUUUUAAAAUACGAAAAUUAGUUUUUGCACUGUGCAGUCACUACUGCACGGUGCAAAAAUUAGACUUAAAGUGUCUUAUUAAAAUUAAAGACUUGAUUUUUAUUUUUUUGUUUCAAAAUUAUUUUUAAAAUCUUUUAUAAAGUCAAUUUUACUCAUUUUUUGGUAUAAAAAUGAAUAAAAUACGACGUUUUUAACCAAAGUUAUAAUGGCUGGACGGUGCAGUGUUUUUAUAAUUUUACAAAACUUGUAAUUUAUUUGAAAAAUAUAUGUUUACUUAAUAUUUGUUUUUUUAAUUAUAUGUUUACAUUCACUUUGCAAGCAUAUAUCAGUAGACAUAAUCGAUAUGUUUUCGUUAUCUUUGGUUAACUUGUUAUUGCUCUCUCAACUUUGAUCUUGAUCGAAUAAUGUAAUGUAAACAGUAAUCAAGCCGGCACAAACUAGAAAUUAAAUUCAUUUUUUGUUAAAACAUGUCAUUUGUAAUUUAAAAACUGAAAUUUUGUUUUAUUUAUUGAUUUUUUACGAUACAACUUUCAUCUAAGGCUAUAAUUCUUAUACCUCUAAUCUAUUACAAAUAUUUUUGUUCUAUCACAAUGUAAUCCACAAGUUACCCCAAAUAAUAUCCUUACCAUGUAUUCGAAAGCUGAUCUAAUUAAUUGUUACAGUUCCCACCGAACGUGCGCGUCUUCAAUGACACGAUCGAGGAAGACAAUACUUUGGGUAACGACGACAAGCCUAGACUAGCGACGUCGCCCGAGUUCUGUAAGUCUUAUCAGUUGAUGUCAGCUGUCAGGGUACUUUUGUGUGUUUUAUUGCUCUUCUUAUUUAUUGUUUUAACUGAUAUUAUAGCUUAUUAUUGACAGUUUUCAUUUGAAAAAUGAAUUUUUUUUGAAUUUCGAAAUUUGAUGACAGUUGAUGUUAAUAUGAAGCUAAAACAAUAUAAAAAGUAAAGUUUACAUUCAGUUUUCAAACUCUAUAAAGUAAUGUCACAUUUUUAGUCAACGGCCCAUUGAGCGGCCGAAUCACGCCAUCCGAGAUGCUACAUCAAUAUGGGCUGGAACGGUCGCUGUCGGCGACAUCGUAUGGAACGGACGGCACGGUGCACGUGAUCUCUCACAGGUAA